AAAUUCUUGAAAAUAUCCUUAGUUCGAGGUUAUCUAAUAUUGGGUGUAUCCGACUGUACUUCUAAAAUUCUUGGAGGUAGUUCCGGAACAGUAACUUCCCGAAACUACUUUCAUCAUGCUUUAUUUUAGGCACUACAAGUCCACUUUCUGCUAUAGACUUUCCAAUGCACGAGGAGGAAGAGGAGGGGGAGGAAGAUUAUGAAGAAAAUGGGGAAUUAAUUAUAGAUGAAGAUGAAAGGCCUCCUCGCCCACUUUCUGCUCCUGAAAGUGAAGUUGAUGUUAUGGGGGAAGAAGAGCAGCAUUAUUUAUUAGAAGAAAAGGAAGGGAAAAAUGUUGAAAUAAAAGAAGAAUUAAGAGAAGAAUUAAAAAAAGAAGUCAAUUUAAUUAAUGAUAAUCAUUCAAAUGGUUAUGACCCUCUAAGGUUGUUAAGUUCGGCAGCGGCAGCUGAACAUGAACAAAGACGAAAAAUGAGCCAAUAA